CAUCACAUACAUUACACACACCAUCACCAUGUCUCCUUGGCUUAUACCCUUUGCUACUAUAGUAGUGGCGAUCCUUAUUUACCACCUUUUGAAGCUGAAAAAUGGGCCUUCAUUACCUCUGCCACCAGGUCCGAGGCCAUGGCCCAUUGUGGGAAACUUACCUCACAUGGGCCCAGCACCACACCGGAGUCUGACAGCCUUGGCCCAGACUUAUGGGCCACUGCUGUAUCUCCGGAUGGGCAGUACUCCCAUGGUGGUAGCGGCCUCUGCCUCGGUGGCAGAGCAGUUUCUGAAGGUCCACGACUUGAAUUUCUGCAACCGGCCACUAAACUUCAGGACCACAUACUUGACCUAUAACAAACAAGACCUUGCUUUUGCACCCUACGGCCCACGGUGGCGGUUGCGGCGGAAAAUAAGUAACCUUCACAUGCUUUCCGCUAAGGCUGUGGAUGACUUCAGUCAACUUCGACAGGAAGAGGUGAAGAGAUUGGUACAUAAUUUAGCAAUAACGUCAAAAUCUAAAGCAGUAAAGUUAGGUGAACUAUUGAAUAUAUGUACCACCAACACAUUAACAAGGGUAAUGAUAGGACGACGACUUCUCAAGGAUGAUAAUAGUUAUGAUCCAAGGGCAAAUGAGUUUAGAUCUAUUGUGAUAGAUCUUCUGAUAUUGCUUGGAGUUUUCAAUAUUGGUGACUUUGUUCCUAUAUUAGAUUGGUUGGACCUUCAAGGAGUAAGAGCCACGACAAAAAAUUUACAUAAGAGGCUUGAUUCAUUUUUAACUACCAUUCUCAAGGAACACAAAGUUUUCAAGAAUGAGCAACACCAAAACCUUUUGAGUGUAUUGCUAUUAGACAAAGAGACUCAUCAAGAAGGAGAAGAACUCCUUGAACAAGAGAUCAAAGCAAUAUUUGCGGACAUAUUAAUUGCUGGGACAGACACAUCAUCAAGCACAAUAGAGUGGGCAAUUGCAGAACUAAUUAAGAAUCCACAAAUCAUGCAUAGGGUCCAACAAGAGUUGAAUAUUGUUGUGGGUCAAGACAGGCUUGUGACUGAACUAGACUUACCCAACCUUCCCUAUUUACAAGCUAUUGUGAAGGAAACAUUCCGUUUGCACCCACCUACCCCUCUUUCCCUCCCACGAGUUGCUGAAGAGAGUUGUGAGAUAUUUGGUUACCACAUUCCUAAAGGUGCAACUCUUUUGGUUAAUGUUUGGGCCAUAGGACGUGACCCCAAGGAAUGGCUUGACCCAUUAGUUUUCAAGCCUGAAAGGUUUCUUCCUGGUAGUGAAAAGGCCAAUGUUGAUGUUAAAGGCAAUAACUUUGAGGUUAUACCUUUUGGUGCUGGACGUAGAAUAUGUUCUGGUGUGACUUUAGGUCUAAAGGUGGUUCAGUUGCUCAUUGCAACCCUAGCCCAUGCAUUUGAUUGGGAGUUAGAGAAUGGGCUUGACCCCAAAAAUCUCAACAUGGAUGAAGCAUAUGGGCUCACCCUCCAAAGAGUAGUUCCCUUAUCUGCCCACCCUCGCCCGAGGCUCGCAAAACAUGUGUAUUCAUCAUUAUCAUCAUCAUGAUUACGAAUUUAGUUUCUUUGAAUAAUAUGCAUACAAAGGGCAUUGUCUAUUAAUAAUAAAAUGAUGUCACUACUUUUGUUUGUUAUGUUAUGAAAAACUGGUUGGGUUAGAUAAUUAGCUCUAGUGUCUCAAAGUGCAUGUAUAUUUAAAUGUGUUUUAAUUGAGUACAUACAAUAAGUUGUAAAACAUUUAUAAUAUUAUAUGAAAAAUAUAUUUUAUUUAUUUUAGAUGAGA